UCCAGUCGGCGGAGGGGAAUUUGGCGCUUGUAACUCCGCGUCGCUCGCUCUUCCUUGGCCUUCCCGGACUUCCCCCCCCCCCCCCUCUUGUUCUUCGCUGUAGUUGCCGCUGCCGAAAUCCCGGAUCCAAAAUGGAGUCUUUGAGUAAAGCGGGGCAGGAGAUGAGCCUGGCGGCCUUAAAGCAGCACGACCCCUACAUCACCAGCAUCGCCGACGUGACUGGCCAGGUGGCCCUUUAUAGUUUCAGCCCCAAAACCAACGAGUGGGAGAAGACUGACAUAGAAGGUACCUUAUUUGUAUAUAAGAGGUCUGCUUCUCCUUAUCAUGGCUUCACAAUUGUGAAUCGACUGAACAUGCAUAACUUGGUUGAGCCAGUUAACAAAGACCUAGAGUUUCAACUGCAUGAACCUUUUCUCCUCUAUAGAAAUGCCAAUUUGUCAAUUUACAGUAUCUGGUUCUAUGACAAGAAUGACUGUCAUCGAAUAGCAAAACUCAUGGCUAAAGUAGUACAGGAAGAAGCUCAGAGAUCACAGGACAGAACCAGCCCAAGGAGGACUAAUGGUUGCAGUGAAAACAAGUCAAUUGACAUCCUAGAGAUGCUUAGCAAAGCCAAGGUGGAAUAUGACCGGACUCAGAAUAAUGAUUUAAGUUGUGGAAUGCAACCAAGCACAAAAGCUGAAAAUAUGGAGACUUCAGAGGUUGGAUCAUCAGUGUUACAAAUGCAAGACCAUUCAUGUCCAUCCAUCCAUAAACAUCUGACAGUCGAAGAAUUAUUUGGAACUUCAAUGCCAAAGGAUUCACCUCCAGUUCCCUAUCCUAAUCCUGAGAGAACAGAGAAGUUACAGAAUGAUGCUUCGUGCAGAGACCACAAUUUCCUCUUACCCUUUUCAUUUGAGCAGUCAACAGUGAUCCAUCAACCUCUAGGGAAACUGGAUGGCCCAAGCUUCAAAAGUGGCUCUUGCACUUUACUGCAGCAGGAAUGUGUGCCUCCCUUGCUAAUUGCUCCACCUCCAGUUUCACAGCCUGAGAUAACUAAGGCUUCAAACUAUACUGUGCAGCUGAGUCCUGUGGUUAACUCAGCCUCUGUCGUAGAAGCUCCUUCUGUCCCAGCACUUCCGAGUCUACAUACAAACAAUAACAUCAUGCAAGUCAUGCAGCAAGCUACCAAGCAGGUGUCUCCACUUGGGAAUCAACUGCCGUCUGAUAUGAACCACGGUCCACCAAAUCUAACUCCUAGUCAAAACCACUUUAUAACUUCUUUGGCUGCAGCAAAUACAGACACUUCAAACGUAACUCUUCCAAAUAUGAAUCUCCUUAAAAAACUCAGGUUGACCCCACAACAUGACCAAAUACAGCAGUCGCUUAGUAAAACUCCAGUAGCCCCUAACUUUUCCUCUGCAGUUAAUCAACUGGCAACACCAGAUUGUUUUAAGGAAUCUCUCAUCAAGCAGCAAGCUCUGACUGGUAAAAUGCUUCCACCUACCCAGACAACACAGCAAGGUAAAGAACCUGAGACAUUUGCACAUCCCAAAACUUUAUCAAAGGCAAAUCAAGUAUCGUCCCCGCAGGUUGUUCCAGCUACAACCACAAUGGCAUCUUCAGUCCUCUUGUCCCCUAGUGUUUUCCAGCAGUCCUCUAUGAAACCAUCUGAAAUGGAAAGCAAAGUUGGCUCUUCUUCUCCCCUUCCGCUUGGAGAUGUUCAGACAUUACCUCCUACAGUUCUCAGUAGAUCUCAGCUUCAAGAAACUUUAAUACAUCUAAUAAAGAAUGAUUCAAAUUUUCUUAGCACUCUUCACGAAGUUUAUUUACAAGUGUUGACCAAGAAUACCGAUGGCAUCAAAUUGUAACAGAAGUUUUAUUCAUUUCCUCUGACCUCCUAUCUGCUCCAGAAAUAAUUAUGCCUCUUCUGUCAAACUGUUUUUAAUGAUUGGGGGACCGGGGACGGGGCUCUUAAAGUCUUAAUGUUCUGACUCCAGGGAGGCAUUUUUUCUUAAAUGAACAUGUGUAAUGCUCUCAGAGAUAUCUAGAUUUCACUGUGAUCAUCACCAGCAGGGUUUUAUUUCUUUGUGGGGAAAGUUGUCUUCUUUUUAAUAGCACAUUAUAGUUUGGAGGGGUUUUAAGAGCCCAGUCCAGAUUUGGGGGGGGGGGAGGGCGGAAUGUCCUUAGGGAGUUGUGUCAAUAUGUUUGCCCCCUCUGCCAACACAAGAGGCAUUUACACCAGUGGAGGGGGUAAGGACGCUGGUGGCUGGCCACCCCCUAGCUCUGUGGCAACAAAAGCCAGAAGUUGAGGCUGCCGCUGAACUGUGCUAUAGUCCUGACUGGACACUGGUCUGGGUUGGGCCAGAGAGUUCCUGGGGGUGAAGCUGAUGUUAGUCAGCUUCCCCCCUGGGUUUGCAGCUGGUUGCACUGCAGCCACCCUUUUGGAUGGUGUAAACCCAUUAAGCCCUAUGGAGGGCUUUCUGGUGGCAGGAGUUUGUUGGAGAUUUUUCUGCCCCACGCAUCGCCGGAAAGCCCUCCAGAGGUGGCAGGAUGGUGCUGUACCCGGUUCUCUGGAGAUCUGGAUUGGGCUGCCAUUAAAAUGAUUUUGUCUUUUUUCCUCACUUUUGAAUAAUUGGGAUAGCUCUGAGCCGAGCUGUGCAUUUUGCAGUACAGUAAAUAUGACUGAAUUUAUAAAAUCAUCUGGAAAGAGAUGUGGGGAGACUUUCUUUAGAAGUUGGGAGGAAUGGAUGCAGGUUUUAAAGUUGCUUUAUUUCACCUUGGAGUUGAGUGGACUUAGAAUGAUAUUAAUCAAGAAACUUAAGUCCCACAGAAUGUAAAGAUGACAGGUAUUCCAUUUUGCAAGUACAGGAUAAAAAUAGGUAUCAGCUAUUCCUUUACCAGUUGCCUGUGUAUUUAUUUUUAAAAGGUACUUUUAAAAAGAACAAACGAGGAAUGGGUAGAACAUCAGUACUGUCAUUAUUCUAUCCAGGUGAAUUACGAAUUUUGCAGGAGGUUUGCCAUUAGAAAGGAUUUGUCAGUUCCAAGUGCAAGUAUAUACAGGUUCAUUUAUUGUUAAAACUGGGCACAUGAAUGACAAGUUCAGUGUGAUGUCUGUGGCGCAUAAUUCGUAUAGAUAGGUUAACAUUCAUGGUAUACCACUGUAAAGUUCAAACUUCUUCCCAAAGGAAGCUUCUGAUUUCUAAUUGUUUUAUAUGCUGCUAUUGGAGCUCUCUGUGACUUAUAUUUAUUUCAUUAUGGCAUGUGAUAUUAGCUAGCAAUACUAUAGUGUAAAAUAGAUCUCAAUUUAUUCAAGCAAUAUUAACCUUAAAGAAAAAGAGUUUUUUAGUAGAAAAGUCAUUGUUUUAUAUUGUGAAAGGUAAUUUUCUAGUGAAUUUAACCAACAUGCACUGCUUAUUUUUCAAAGCAUUGCUGAAACUGAAGAAAGAGCAUUGUUUUAGCUCUGCAUAUUACAAUCUUUCCUUUAUGAGCUAUUGAAAUGGUAUGAGUUUGCAAAUGAGCACAGCUGGACUCUUGUACAAGCGUCAUAUCUUUCAGUUGAAUUUGGAGAAUGUCCUGGGGUAGAUUGUUUAAUCUUAAGAUUAAUGUAAAAAUGAUAUCACUGAAGUGCAGAGACUUUCACUAAUUCAUCAGCCAAGCUUUAAUUAUAACUCCACACAAAUCAGAAUGUUUUGAUAAAACCAGUGUGUUGAUUUUCUUUGAAUUAAUCAAAAAAUGUACUUGAGUUUGAGUAGUUUUAUUGGAUCUGCUUUUUAUUUUAUUUAGUAAAAUCUGCCUUUGAAAGAGCUUCUUUUCCGCUUCAAACUCAGUGUUUCCAGUUAAAUAUAGGAUUUUAUAUCAGAAGCCCUUUCAGAAUUCAGGGAAAUAAUAUUGAUAGUGAGAUGCACAUUUGAUUAAUGUAUUGGCUUUUAAUGCAAAAAUUGAAAUGGAUCUCUGCAGGUUUUUUAACCUCAUGCAAGAAACAGGAAGGCUCUCUAGUCAUUCGUUGGGUAGUAAAUAGUUCACCAGUGGAGGGGAUGGGAACUUGCUUAUCUUUGAUUAUUCUAAUCUUAAAUUUCUCUAUAGCCAUUUCUGCAUGGUGACAGAAGCAGUUGUCCACCGGCAUAAUUCAUGCUGGUGGAGUCACAGGACCGUUCACAUGGUCUUGUGCAGCCAUCUCCGAAGCUUCUGCGAACUGCAGAGGCAGCUCCACAUGGAGCCACCUCCAGUCUGCAUGUGUUGUUUACCUUGUCUUCCCUCCGAGGCUCCAGAGGAAGGAAGUGACACACCCACGCAGCCCUCUGACUCACAGAGCCUUAGAGGGAAGACAAGGUAAACAAAACACGCAAACAGGCAGCGCCUAAAAGCAGCGCUCUCACACCAGUGCCCUUCGCAUGGCGCCGGCAAGAAAACACCGCUUUCCAAAAAGCAGCGCUUUGAAGUUGGCAUUUUCGCAAGUUAAAUUGCUUAGGUACACAGUGCCGAACAAUAGCCCCCGGACAGUGGUGUUUUUACCAUCCCUAAGGAGCUGUUUUAGUCCGAUGGCAGAAAUGGCCUUAGAAAGAAUACUAAGGCAGAACAGUAGUCUUAUAGUGCAAUCCUAAAGAUCAUUCCAAGUCUAAGCCCACUGGUUUCAAUGGAUUUAGAAGGAUUAGCUCUGUUUAGGAUAGCACUGUAUGAUAUCUUUUCAAUGGUUGUGUUACUGGAACCAAAUAUAUCUCAUGUUGUGUGUAUUGAUAGUCAAGAUUCAAUAAAUAAGUGGCCCUAAUUAUUGAGAUGUGUGAAAAAACUUAUCACCUGUUAACAUUAAUUUAAUAUAUAUUAAACAUUGCGCUUACAUUGAACUUGGUCAUAAUCAUUAAACCUAUCCAAAGGCCUGUUAAAAUUAAACUAUGAAGGGUUCCUUGAUAUUGAAUGUACUGUAAGAGUCCUUUGUCUCCAAGGUUUAAAGGAAAAGGGAAUAUUGCUUUAAACAGCAAUAGCAUUUCCAUCGUUCCAGUGUACUCUUUUAAUAUUUUUUCCAUUGCAACUCCCUACUAAUCUCUAUUGGUAGCUGUACGUCAGAGUUCUCAUUUGUUCAGUGUACGUAUAGAGUCAAAAAUAGUUCUCCACUUCCAAAGAGGAUUUUGUUAGCUAGGAGUUCAUUAGCUACUAGGUAAACUCCUUUAUACAUAAGUUUUAAUCUUUGAAUUUUAUCCACAUUAAUAUCACAACUUUGUGUAUGUAGCAGACUCAAGCUGGGAGGUGUCCUACGCAAUAUAAAGCACUGUUAGUAACAUUCAGUGUACCACACUAGUGCUCUUAUUGCUUUUUGUUACGUGACAAACAUUUUAUCAAGAAGCCUCUUUAAGAAUUGCUUGGGGAAAAAACUCAGCUGUAAAGUCACAAAUGUUUACAAAAUCUGGAAACUGCUGGUGAGUUCUUGUUUGAGUACCUACAUUUUCUUUAGUCAAUACUUGGUUUAAGAUGAAAGCAUUUAUUGUUUCCUGCAUGUAACAAUAACAAAUACAUAGCUAAUUAACAACCUGUUCCAUUAAUUCAAGAUGAUGUUUUGGAAAGGUGCUCCUUAUUGUCCCUUGUAAUCCAAGAAUAAAAAAGUAUUUAGACUAUAUUGCAAAAUAGUGAAUAUUUAUCUAAGCAUGUAUUUUUCCGUUGCCUAUAUGCAGCUUAAAAAAAAUUCUUAAUAUUCAUCUACUCAAAAGUGGCUUUAAAAUUUGCAGUUUAUUCAAAUACUUAUUGCUAUUAUGUAAGUAAAGGCUGUUACAUCAAUAAUAUAGCAUUGUAUUAUUAUGUGCCUGACAUAUACUUUGGGGACUUACUUUACAAAAUGUAAAAAGCCUAUAAAGCAGAGAAGCUGUUUAAGUUCUUUUUCAGCAAUAGGUAUGAGAUUUCAAAUAUACUGAAUUGUAAUUUUCCCAGUUUGCUGUGGUUUAGUAUGUUCGUGAAAUCCAACAAUACAACACGUGGGCCAUUCAAGGCAUUUCUUAAUGUUUUAAAGGUGUUUAAUGGGGAGUGUUCUGAUGCAUAAAGUAUUGACGCAAACAGCUGCCUUUUGUCAGCUACCCGAGUUGCUUCUUAAGCAUAUCUUAAAAAGAGGAGUGUGUGCAAUAUAUAUUUCACCUCAGUUUUGUUACAUCUUAGUGAAAAUGUUAAGAUGCAAUAUCCUUUUAAGUUAGGAAAAAAAGUUGCAAUAAACUUCCCUUGUAUGUUUUCUGUAACAAUUUAACAUAUGGGCACAUGGUAGGUUAAAACGCACACUAUGUCUGGGUUUACCACUUUGAUUUGUACUCGCAUGUUUGAGAUUUUGAGGUGCUUCAGAUCUUUGGCAUUUUAAAUAACGAUGUUUGGAAAACAGUAGGCAUGAUCCAUGACAAUUGUUACUAGGCUCAGUAGAAUCUUGUAUUUUGGGUUUUUUUAAAAAACUCUCCCUGACCUUGGCAUGCAUACACAAAGCAUUGUAGGGAAGGUAUUAGGGGAGGUGGAAGAUCUGUGUGUGCCUUGGUUUGGUGCAAAUUGUGUUUCUUUGCAUAGACAGCAAGGAAUGGUGGAAAAUAAGACUCUGAACCUAUAGGAUUCCACAGAAAAGUGCUGCAGCUGACUGGAUCAUGCCCAGUGUUGUUUGAGCAAUUAAAAAAAAACUAUAGUGCAUUGGUAACAUUUCAGUACUAUGUAUGUAAUUUGUACCAUCUUAUAUUGACAAAUAUUAAGUUAUUGCAUAUAUGUUUAAGAAUGAGCAUUUUUCAUUGAAAAUUUUGUAUGUUGGCAAAUAUAUUUUUGUAAUAAAAUUUCAAAGACAAACGUUUGAGUCCCUCCUAAAA